GUAUAGACUUACUGAUAUAUUGAAAACUGGCCAAAUCAAAUCUUAACUUAAUUCAAAUCUUAUCAAAAUUACAUGGCAGAAAGAAACACAUAAAUGAAAAAGCAGCUGACAUGAGAGGUGUAGCGUUGCUAUAUACUCUGUUCGCUUGCUCGGUGGCGAUAUUUGGGGAAACAGGAAAACCGGGGUUUUUGCCGAACGGAUGUCCAGAGACUAACAUGAAUUGGUUGCUUCCACAUGAAACAGAUUGCACUUUGUUCUAUAUCUGUAAUUGGGGAAAUCUGGUGCUGAGACAAUGUGGGCCAGGCACUCAUUUCAACAGAGUUUUACAGGUUUGUGAUUGGCCACGGAACGCCAAAUGUACAACUUCGAGUCCAUCGACUCCAAAACCGACUACUUCGCAACCACCACCUCAAGGACCAACUACGCAAGGGGUCACAACUCCAGGACCAACUAAGCAAGGACUCACAACUCCAGGACCAACUACGCAAGGACCCACAACUCCAGGACCAACUAUGCAAGGACACACAACUCUAGGACCAACUACGCAAGGACCCACAACUCCAGGACCAACUACGCAAGGGGCCACAACUGCAGGACCAACUAUGCAAGGACACACAACUCCAGGACCAACUGCGCAAGGACCCACAACUCCAGGACCAACUAUGCAAGGACCCACAACUCCAGGAGCUACUACGCAAGGGGCCACAAGUGCAGGACCAUCUACGCAAGGACCCACGACUCCAGGACCAACUACGCUAGAACCAACAACUCCAGGACCAACGACGCAAGGACCUACAGCUCCAGGACCAACUGCGCUAGAACCAACAACUCCAGGACCAACUAUGCAACGGCCGACUACUAGUGAAGCAAAUUCUAUUGGACCAACCACAUCGGAGCCAAUCCCUCCUGAAAUAACUACCCCUGCAUCUACAAUCCCAGAACAAAUUACGCCAGGGCCCAGGGCUAACUUCAUCAGUCCCAAUAACUACAGAAAUUAUCACCCAGGCAUUAGUGUCCGACCGAAACUGAUUUUUCAGCCAAAACCAAAACCGAACUUUCGGUCUUACUCUCGGUUUUGGCCGAAACUGAAACUUGAUAAAACAUAUUUUAAAAUCACAAUUAGGUAUUUACUGAAAAGAAGGAGGGGCAUAUUGUACCCAGGCCGCUGUAGUACUUUGAGACAAUAUAAUACAGGGUGCAAUUAAACCUUCCUGCCAAAUUUCGAUAGAUUGAUCCUUGUU